CCCCUCUCUGAUCACCAAUUCUCUCACCUUUAUUCCAUGUGCUAAGCAAAUACACAGAAAAAGGGGGCUUGAUAGAGCCGGCAGCUAUCUAAUCUAUCUGUCUGUCUGAUAGGAAUCCGCCGAACGCAGAAACGCUGAUGGUUUGAUAAAACCAAGCAUCCGGCACCGCACAGUCGACAUCGUCACUUUACGCCCUUCGCCUGUCUUCACUCAAACAUCUGCAUCUUUUAUUCUUCCACAAUGGACGAGGACCAAGCACCCUCGUCUGUGAUGCCACAGCCUCGGAAAUCGCUCUCAUCUCGCCUCCAAUCGGUUCGCAGAGCAUUCACUACUCGUCGAGGCAUUCUCGGCGACUACGACUACGCAUACCUCUUCCGCCCAAACAUCCCCUUCUUGCGCCGCGGGCCGAUUCGCAGCCCCUUCUUCGGCCUCAAUGACCACAUGCCUGUCGUUCUAGCCCUGCUUCUGGGCUUCCAGCACUCACUGGCUAUGCUGGCUGGCAUCAUCACCCCGCCGCUCAUCAUCAGCGGCCCAGCUGGCGCCAACCUUGCCGUAGCAGAUCAGCAGUAUCUCGUGUCUGCGGCGCUCAUCAUCUCGGGGAUCCUGUCUACUAUUCAAAUCACUCGCUUCAAGCUCUUCAAGUCGCCAUACUACCUAGGAACCGGCCUCAUUUCCGUCGUCGGCAUCUCCUUCAACAUCAUCCCCAUUGUUACAGGCGUCUUUCCACAAAUGUACAAAAACGGCUUCUGUCCCUCCGAUGACCAGGGUAACCCGCUGCCUUGCCCCCGCGGGUACGGUGCGCUUAUCGGCACGUCGGCUGUAUGUGCACUCAUCGAAAUCCUCAUCUCGUUCAUCCCUGCACGCAUCCUGCUGCGGAUCUGCCCGCCCAUUGUCACCGGACCUACUGUCAUGCUCAUUGGUAUCCAUCUGAUUCAGAGCGGCUUUCAGGACUGGAUGGGCGGUGCCGGCCUAUGUACCAACCCAGCUACAGCCAAAGGCAUCUUUGAGCUGUGUCCGACCAUCUAUGCCCCGCAUGCGCUGCCCUGGGGUUCGGCAGAGUAUCUGGGACUUGGGUUUGCUGUGUUUGUGUCUAUUCUACUAUGUGAACGCUUCGGCGCACCCAUUAUGCGGUCAACCUCGGUUGCGAUUGGUCUGCUGAUUGGAUGCAUUAUCGCUGCGGCCUGCGGCUACUUUGAUCAAUCUGGUAUUGAUGCUGCUCCCGUCGCAUCGUUCUUAUGGAUCAAGACUUUCCCGUUGUCAGUGUAUGGGCCGCUUGUGCUGCCAGUCCUGGCUGUGUACAUUAUCUGCGCCAUUGAAGCCACCGGUGAUAUUACUGCUACCUGUGACGUCUCCAAGAUCGAAGUGGACGGCCCAAUUUAUGAGUCGCGAGUGCAAGGAGGUAUUCUGGCAGACGGCCUCGGCGGCGUUUUGUCGUCGCUCAUGACAAUGACGCCCAUGAGCGUGUUUGCUCAGAACAACGGCGUGAUUGCGCUGACCCGCUGUGCAAACCGCAAGGCCGGCUAUGCGUGCUGCUUCUUUCUCGUCAUUAUGGGCAUCUUUUCCAAGUUUGCCGCGGCGAUUGUUGCCAUUCCAUCGUCUGUCAUCGGUGGCAUGACCACGUUCCUCUUCUGCUCCGUGGCGGUCUCUGGCAUCUCCAUCAUUGCCCGCGGCGUUCCAUUUACACGACGCAAUCGAUUUAUCCUGACAGCUGGUCUGUGCCUCGGAUACGGAGCAACGCUGGUACCAUCCUAUUUUGAUAGAAUCUUUACGUAUCAAGGCGACAACAAGUCGCUCCGUGGUUUCCUUGACGCCAUCGUUCUAGUCAUGGAGACUGGCUUCUGUGUCACUGCACUGAUUUGCAUGAUUUUGAAUCUAACAAUUCAAGAAGAGGAGGGUGAAGAAUAUCGACCCGGCCGCCAAUUGGAAGCAGACGAGCAUCAAGAGAAGACAGUGGGCGCCGCGUCUGAUAAUGGUGAACCUCCCGCAUCGCACUAAUCGCCCCCAUAUUCUUUGAAAUUUACGCGCCAUCGUACAUAUUAUUCUUGUAUUUAAUACAACUUUGCAUAAUCACAAACACAAUUGCAGAACAAGACUCUAGUGACACAACUUUGAAUGAAUGUAUGUAUAAUACGCCGAUCAGCAGAUGCCAUAAAUCAAAUACCAGUAAACAAGAAAUGAAACGAUCGAAACCCAGCCACACCUAGUUCGUUGCCGUUCUGGAAAUAAUCUCAAACACAAAAAAUCAUAAACGCCCCUAGACGCCUGCCUCCUUGUCCAACGCUCGUCGUCUGUCCUUCACCUAUGCACUAAUUGGGACUAUAAAUACAAAAUGACGGAAAUUUGAAAGGCAAUAAAAUGCUACGAAGACAAAUCGUUCAAGAGAUAACAUUUGUCGCCUCUUUACUGGAAGUCUCGAGCCUUGCGGGCAAGCACGCGCACAUUGUCAACGAAGCCUUCCACCAGCUCCUGGUAUCGGUGAACACCGCCGCUCAUGGCUUUACGACCUUGGUCAAUGAGAAUUUCGGGUGCCAAUUCAAUCUCUAGUUCAUGUUCCUUUUCCGUUCUUGCGCUCUAAAAGAAAUCGUUAGCUUCUCUAUUUACUGGAUGUGUAAUGAGGUUACUUACUCCUGGGCCUGAAAAGGUCUGGGUCACCUGCGUCAAAUCAACCUGGUAGUGGCCCUGUGUGUAGCUCAGUCGGUCCUUGGCACGGUCCGGCUGCUUGUCUCCCUGUGACGCAAGCUGCUCGAGCUCCUCGACAGAGCCGUCCCAGUCCAUUUCAAGAUUGAUACUGAUGCGGCAGUCCAUUGGCGAGGUGGGCAUGUGAAUGUCGAUAUCGGCUACUCGUGCCUUGAUGAUCUUGCCAAUGACUUCCUGUGUCUUUUGGUCAUGUGUUACUCGCACCUUGAUGCCUCUGCCGCGUCCGCCGAGACGAGCACGCAUGCAUCCCGGGAUACGGUUCUGCAUGUCGGCGGGCAGCUCGAAGAAGCGAUCUAGUUCGCGACGAUGCUUGUAGUGCACCUGAACACGGUUGCCGCCGUGAGGCGCGCGAGGAUCGGCCUGGAUCACCACAUGGUUCAGGAAAUCGUUAAAGGCCUUAUGGUGGACCUCUGUCAUGCUGCUUCGGAAAGCAACACGUGAGCUGCUUUCCAAGAUACACUCUGACGCUACGUUGCGAUCCACACGGUGGUUGGUAUCCUUGUCAAUCAAGGUACCAAGCUUGGCUUCAAUCUCAAACUUGAUUCCGCGGCUCAUAAUCUCUUGAAUAUCAGAGCCGUUCACCACGUUGACAAAGAGAAAGUCAGCCACCGCCUUGGAGACUUCUUCGUAAGGCUUGACACCGGUAAUAGUGGCUUCCCAGGCACCCAGGAUAUCGGCGGGCCCAGGUUCAGGCACUGGUGCUGCUGUCGCAGCAGCAGCAGCAACGCUCUGUCCUCGCUGGGGCUUUUGAACUUCAGGAGACCCAUUUUGGCUGUCCGGCUCGGUCUUGACGUGGCUGACGCUUCCGGAAUGGCCGUUUGCUGGCGCAUGUCUCUCAUGGAGAACAAAGUUAGCAUGCGUAGGGAGCUUCUUGCCUAGCGUGCUACUAUCAAGCGCCCAAACGGGAGGUUGUGCACGCGGUUGACGGUUCUUGCGCGGCGGACCGUGUGAUGAUUGGCGUCGCUGGGUUGGGCUCUCAUGACGACCGUUUGUCUCGCCUGGCGGGGGCCGUUGAUGCUUAUGCUCCAACUCACUUGGGCUGAUGCUUCGAUCGUCCAGCUUUCUCUUUGCUGGUGUUGACGCUCGUUGACUUCGUUCGCGUUCGGCAUCAGCGUUUGUCUGCGACUUUCUCGCCGGUUUUGCUUCGUUGUCGGAGCGCUCUGCAUUGCUUGGCAAAGAGCCAACGCGUGUUUUGGGGCUAACAGACAUCGACGGUUCGCGAUCAAGCAAAAUACGCGCGUGCGACGGAGCGUCCUGCAUUGUGACCUCCGGACCACCACGGCUGGGAGGAGUUGGGCGCACGGGAGUUUGCCCCCUGGCAGGCUCUGGUGCAGACGGUUGCGAGGUGGACGGCUCGCGGCUAGGCGGGCGUUUGUUGCUUUGAUAGGGGCUCGCGGGCUGCUGGUAAGACGAAUGACGAGAGCUGACCUGCUGUGGUGGUCCUAGUGGCGUCGCUGGCUGCGAUGGAUGGCGAUUGUAUUCCGCUUGACCAGGUGGAGGGCCAGCAGGACUACCGUGAUGUUGCGGGCCAAACUGGUGCGCGCUGUGAGCAGAUGUAGGGGUCGGUGUCGAGUGUGUUGAUUGGGAUCGUUGAUGCGGGUAUGAAGGCUGGUUGUUGCCGGGUGUUGCAAUAGGGGGUGUUUGCGGCACUUGAUGCUGUUGCUUGAUGUAGGGAGUAGUCGGGUGUGGAGGAGGUGCAGUGCUUUGGCCGUGGCUAUCUCUCCGUUGCUGGGGGUAAUGACUAGGGGGAUAUUGAUGCCGUUGGGUUGGGCUUUGCAGCUCCUGAGGCGGUGGCUGCUGCUGUUGCUGCUGAUGUUGCUGCUGAUGUUGCUGCUGCUGUUGCGCGGCAGGGAACGGAUAUGCGCCAGCUGAUUCCCUUGACUGCGAUGGAGGUCCACGAUAUGGUGAUGGAGCCGGCGCUGGCCCAGUAGGGGAGCGCGGGUCGUGAUAAGAAUUAGGUGGUCCAGGACGCGCAGCGUAGCUAGCAGUGUGUUGAUGUUGUUGUUGCUGCUGCUGCUGCUGCUGCUGCUGAUGGUGAUGUGGAGGAGGUUGAUGUUGUUUCUGCUGUUGCGGAGGAGGUUGCUGGUAGGGAGAUUGCGGAGGAUAAUUUCCACCUUGGUACUGUGGAUGUUGAUGAGGAGGGUACUCCUGGCCCGGAUACUUGCCGGGAGAGCUCUGCUGUGGGUGAUCAUGGUAUCCGUAUGCCGCCUGAGGAUGCGCCGGAUGCUGUUUAGGAUGCUGCGGCUGUAGAGGACCUGUAGGCGAAGACUGCGCGCGUUUGCGCUCUCCAUUGUCGGAGGUGUUGAGGACGGAGCGAAGAUCCAUGUCUGCAGUUGCGAAGUGCGCAGCGGCGCGACGGUGUCGAUGGCUGAAUUAGAGCGCCGUCGUCGGCUUUACUAAGUGAGCUACAGCAACGGCAAUGAAUGCGUCUCCAUGCAUAUAGUAGACAGUGUUGUACAAAUUGUCGAUGGCGCUUAAAUCAUUAAGACGAUGUGGACGGAAACGAUAUCAGCUGUGUCGUAAAGGCACAUUGUUGGGCCCUUCAGGAGCGGGAUCGGAAGGUGUUUACGCGCAAACUGCGGCGCAAAGAAAACUUGGAUAGUCGCUUAGAAUUAUAGACGAUGGAAAAUGUCGGCGCCGGUGUCGGUGGUGGUGUCGUGGACGCGUAAAGGCGGCGAUAUGUUGGCGCGGUUGGCGAUG